UGUGUAGUAAAUGUACUAAUAGUACAAAAGACAUCAUUCCCUUCACUGUACUAGACUGAACUACUCCCAAAUGAUUCUGCUCUCUAGUACAUUUAGUACACUCACACACGCGCAACAGAAUGGGAGCGAAAGGAGCGAAGAGCCGAGGAGUGACAAUGACAGCAAAGCAAUCCGUAUGAUCCGACCGCAACCGAACUAGAACCGACUGACUCGCACCGAGAGCGCGCGAAAACGGCCGAUCAGCUCUCGGCUAGUACGAGCUAGCGUUGCCAUACAAGAAUGGUUUCCGUUAAAAAAAGCACUGUGCCCAUAAGUAAGUCUGGUCGCAACACUCCGGUGAUCCCAACAGCGGCGGUUGGACGGUUCGCCGCUCGCAAACCGCCUUCCACCAUCUCUGACGUGAUCCAUGGGGCUACAGACCGCGUGUACGUGGAAACGACCAACGGAACUCCCGAAGACUCCCGAACACCAGCGCCCGAACCACCCAAAGUUCCGACUCCGGAACCCGAGCCGGAAUCCGAACCGGUUCCAGAGGUUCCGGCGUCGCCAAGCCCGGAGCGCCCGACCACAUUGCCAGUCGCUCCGGCGGUGUCUGCUGCGCCGUCCCCGGCAGGCUUUGCCACCCCGCGUCGUGACUCUCAGCUCACUGACCAGGGCUACUUUGAUGUCAAGUUUUACCACAACAAACGAAUGUCCAGUUCUUUUUACUUGAUGCUCCGUAACAUCCCUAGUAUUAGGAUGUUUAAAAGGAAAAAUUUAAAAACGGAUAUUUGA